AUGACUGACCGUCUAAAGUUGUAUGUCUUUGGGGAUCAGACGUAUGAUGUCCAAUCACAACUACACAACCUGCUAGGCCGUCGGGACAAUCCCAUCCUUGAGGAUUUCCUACAGAAGGCCUACCGAGCCAUCCGAGCCGAAAUCCACCGUUUGCCGCCGCAGACCCGCGAGGACGUGCCCCGUUUCACCAGUGUUGAUGAUCUGCUCUUAUGGAACCGACCCAUGAAGCGAUGUAUACCCCUGGACAUGGCGCUGACCUGUCUGGCCCAGCUAGGAACACUGAUCAGUCAGGAUGGUAUUUGGGAUGCAGGCGUCGCGUGUCGCGUCUUAGGGCUCUGCACGGGGGCCCUGGCUGCGGCCGCCGUCAGCUGCUCUGGGAGCGCUCUGGACCUGGUCCCACUCGCAGUGGUGGCGGUUACCGUUGCAUUCCGUACAGGCAUACUUGUCACCGAUGUGGCUGAACGAGUCACUUCCAUGGACCACGGUGAUGCCAGCUGGUCCAUGGUGGUCCCGGGCUCGAUGUCGGCGGAGGUUGUGCAGCAGUUCUGUCGGCAAUCGGUGCUCCCCUUGACCAGUCAGCCCUAUAUCAGCGCCUACGCCCCCAACGGGGUGACCGUCAGCGGACCUCCACCGGCUCUCGCACAGCUUCUCGCGUCCGACGCCUUCCAGUCCCUCCGUCACAAGAGCCUCCCGAUCUACGCCCCCUAUCAUGCUCCCCAUCUCUACUCGGAUCUUGACAUCCAGGAGAUCGUGGGGGAUCUGACGUCGGCAUCGGCAGGGGAGCGUUUGGAGCGAAUUCCUCUGAUUUCCAUUGCCGAGGCUGAGACAGGGCGCACGUUUGCCCUCCUGCUGAAGACCGCGAUCCAACAGAUCCUCCUUCACCCCAUCCGAUGGCCGGCCAUCCUGACCGAACUCGAGCGGACGAUCCGAACGGUCCAACCUGAAUCCUUCAGUGUCGUGCCGAUUGGGACCACAGCGGACCAGCUGAUCUACAGUUCGCUCAGGCAGACCCCCCUCCGGCUGUUGCUGCCACUGGCCGUCCAGCAAGGCAGUCGACCAGCCACCCCCCAAGAUGCAGAUCCCUUGCCUACCCCGACACAUCCCACCCGCUGCAAGCUGGCCAUUGUGGGCAUGUCCGGGCGGUUUCCGGGUGCGUCGGACAAGGAAGCCUUUUGGGACCUGCUCUAUCAGGGGCUGGAUGUGCACAAGCCCGCGCCACCACAGCGUUGGAAUGUGAGCACACAUGUCGACCCGACAGGGAGCCAGAAGAACACUAGCGCCACGGCGUAUGGCUGCUGGCUGGACGAGGCGGCCGGGUUUGAUGCCCGCUUCUUCAACAUCUCCCCGCGCGAGGCGCCGCAGAUCGACCCGGCCCAGCGGCUGGCCCUCAUGACGGCGUACGAGGCCAUCGAGCAGGCCGGGAUUGUGGCCGACGCGACCCCCUCGACUCGCCGCGAUCGUGUGGGUGUGUUCUAUGGCGUGACCAGCAACGACUGGAUGGAGACCAACAGUGCCCAGAACAUUGACACGUAUUUUAUCCCGGGGGGUAACCGUGCUUUUAUCCCCGGCCGCAUCAAUUACUGCUUUAAAUUUAGCGGGCCCAGCUAUGCAGUCGACACUGCCUGUUCCUCCAGCCUGGCAGGCAUCCACAUCGCUUGCAAUGCCUUAUGGCGCGGUGAUAUCGACACGGCCAUUGCCGGUGGCACGAAUGUCCUCACCAACCCGGAUUUCACGGCGGGUCUAGAUCGGGGACACUUCCUGUCGCGGACGGGGAACUGCAAGACCUUCGAUGAUGGUGCAGACGGGUAUUGCCGAGGCGAGGGGGUCGGCACCGUGAUUAUCAAGCGGUUGGAUGAUGCCCUGGCGGAUCACGAUCCCAUUCUGGGAGUCAUUCUGGGGGCCUCAACCAACCACUCGGCCGAGUCGGAGUCCAUCACGCGGCCGCAUGUGGGCGCCCAGCGUGCCAUCUUCAGCACCAUCCUAAACCAGGCGGCGGUAGACCCCUACAGCGUCAGUUACGUGGAGAUGCACGGAACAGGUACGCAAGCUGGUGACGCCGGGGAAAUGUCCAGCGUGCUCGACACCUUUGCUCCACCGCUGUCUCCGAAUCAGAAGGCCAGAAACAGUCAGCAGGCGUUGUACUUGGGCUCAGCAAAAUCCAAUAUCGGCCACGGGGAAGCCGCCUCGGGCGUCUCGAGUCUGAUCAAGGUGCUCCUCAUGAUGCAGAAAAAUAUCAUCGUGCCGCAUUGUGGCAUCAAGACCAAGCUGAACCAUCGGUUCCCCACCGAUCUGGACCAGCGCAACGUCCAUAUCGCGCAGCAACCAACUCAGUGGGAGCGGAACAUGGACUCGUCCCAGCCGCGGAGAGUCUUUGUCAAUAACUUCAGCGCCGCCGGGGGGAAUUCAGCCCUGUUGAUUGAAGAUGCACCGUUGCAAGUGCCGAUUCAAGAGGUAGACCCUCGAAGCAGCCAUCUCAUUGCAAUCUCGGCCAAGAACGGCGUGUCCUUGCAGGGGAAUCUCCGAUCCCUGCUGGCCUUCUUGCGCCAGACCCCGGAUUUCUCCCUCAGCCAGCUAUCCUACACCACUACAGCGCGUCGCCAACACCAUCCACACCGGGUGAUGCUGAGUGCCUCGACGGUUCAGGACCUAACUGUGCAGAUUGAAGCUGCCUUGCGUGAUAACAGUGGAAUGACUCGGCCGAAGAGUGUACGAAAGGUAGUGUUCACCUUCACCGGCCAGGGCGCCCAAUACCCCGGCAUGGGCAAGCAAUUGUUCCAGAAUUUAUCUUUCUUCCGCACCGAAAUGUGCCGACUGGACCAGAUCGGGAUCAGCUUAGGUUUCCCGUCCAUGUUGCCGGUGAUCCAGUCCGAGGAGCAAGAUAUUGGAGAAUUCGCCCCGAUGGUGGUCCAAUUGGCCAGCAUCAGCAUGCAAAUCGCCCUGCGAAAGCUGUGGGCUUCCUGGAACAUCACGCCCAGUGCGGUGGUCGGACACAGCCUGGGCGAGUAUAGUGCGCUCAAUGCCGCUGGGAUCCUUUCCGACACGGACACCAUCUACCUGGUGGGCAAGCGGGCUGAACUACUGCAGGCGACAUGCCAAAGCGGUACCCAUGCUAUGCUGGUGGUCAAAGGAGCGAUGGAGGAGGUCUCUCGGAUUCUCAAGGAUUUCUCCUAUGAGAUUGCCUGCAUCAACUCGCCCGUGGAGACGGUUUUGGCUGGACUGAGCGAGGAUAUCUCAGCCCUGACAGGGCCACUGAGCGCCGCGGGGAUGAAGUCAACCCUGCUGAGGGUCCCCUAUGCCUUCCACUCAUCGCAACUGGAGCCCAUGUUAGCUGACUUUGAACACCUCGCGGGUGGUGUCACUUUCUCCGACCCGAAGAUCCCGAUUCUCUGCCCCUUGGACGGUGGUGUUGUGGAAAGCAACGGCGACUUUGACGGGGCGUAUCUCGCGCGUCAUUCCCGCGAGCCAGUCAACAUGUAUAAAGCACUCCAAACUGCCCACUCCAGGGGAAUUAUCACCGACCAGACGACCGUGGUCGAAAUUGGUUCCCACCCGGCCAUCUCAGGCAUGGUAAGAGCCGUGCUCGGAACCCAAGUGACAUCUCUGGCAUCAAUGCAGCGUGGACGACCCGCCUGGCAAGUCCUCAGUGUGGCCCUCAAAGCCCUCUAUCAGACAGGGGCCGAUAUCCGAUGGAGCGAGAUCCACCGCGACUUUAAGAGCGCGCACAAGGUGCUGCCGCUCCCGGCAUAUAGCUGGGACUUGAAAGACUACUGGAUCCAGUACGUGAAUGACUGGUCGUUGCGCAAGGGAGACGCCCCUCUAGUCAUCAACGCGCCGGGGCUAGAGAGCACCACCAUCCACCGCGUCGUCGAGGAAACAGGGGAUUCCCUCCAGGCCCACCUGGUGGUCGAGGCCGAUAUCGCCCGGGAGGACCUCAGUCCGCUGGUUCAAGGCCAUGAAGUCGACGGCAUCCCGCUCUGCACCCCGUCGGUGUAUGCGGACAUUGCGCUGACUCUAGGGACGUAUCUCCUUCGGCGGUACCAGCCCCAGGAGGAAGAUCGACUAGUGGAUGUCUCCAACAUGACCAUCUCCAAGGCCCUGAUCCUGCGCCCCAACACAACCCAACAGCUCCUCCAGGCACACGCCGAUGUGGAAUGGUCCUCUCAAUCCGCCACUGUGAAAUUUGUUUCCUUCAAUAACAAACAGGAACUCCAGGAGCACGCCCGCUGUGUGAUCAGCUUCCGGGACCGAAGUAUCGUGCAGCAGCUGCAAGACAAAGUGGCUCUUGAGAAGGAAAAGAUCCAGGCCCUCCGAGAUGGCAUUGCCCCGGGCAUCACGGCUCGAUUCAAUCGACCGAUGGUGUACCGCGCCAUCCGUCCGUUGGCCCGGUUCCACGACGACUAUCGCGCCAUCGAUGAGAUUGUUCUCGAUAGUAACACCCUCGAAGCCACUAGCCAUCUUAGCUUCGGCAGCGUCAAGCGCGGUGGCAACUUCCACACCCAUCCCGCCAUUAUCGAUGCCCUCACGCAGUCGUGCGGCUUUACCAUGAACUGCAACGACUAUACUGACCUGGACAACGAGGUGUUCAUGAACCAUGGAUGGGGCUCGUUCCAGAUCUUCGAGCCCUUGGACUUUGACAAGAAAUAUGUCACCUACACUCGCAUGGAAGAAGGGGCAGAUAAAUUGUGGCAUGGCGAUGUCACAAUCCUAGAUGGCGACAAGGUGGUCGCAUUCUUUGGGCAGAUUGCGAUCCAAGGCGUGCCCCGCCGAGUCCUCCAGGUUAUCCUGUCUCUGGAGAGUGGAAGCCGGCAGAAGGGCCCCCGAGCGCCAGAAAAGCAGCCUGCAGCCCCUCGUCAAUCCGGCCGCAGUCCCGUGGCAGGCUCUGCUCCAGUUCCAACGAGGUCCCAGGGCCCUGACAAGGCAUCUCGGGCCCUGGCAAUCAUCGGGGAGGAAAGCGGCAUUGCAGUGGCCGACCUGACCGACAGCACCAACUUUCAAGAUGUGGGCAUCGACUCGCUGCUGGCCCUGACUAUCUCGGCGCGCUUCGCCGAGGAGCUGGACACCGAGCUCGACUUUAACGCCAUGUUCUUCGACUACCCCACCGUGGCCGAUCUCCGAGAGCUGUUCGGUGGAGACUCUGGCACUAUGACGCCUGGUGGCAGCGACGGGGACACCGAAGCCACCGACAUCACGCCUCCGGAUGCCGGGGACCAGCUCAGUAACGGAGACUUUGCACACAUACUGUCCAUCAUUGCCGAAGAGAGCGGCAUCAGUGUGGAUAAUCUCACCGAGGAUACCAACUUUGUCGAUUCCGGCAUUGACUCGCUGUUAUCGCUGGUGAUUGUCAGUCGAUUUCGCGAUGGGCUAGGGCUGGACAUUCAGCACGAGACUUUGUUCUUGGACUGUCCCACUGUCGGAGACCUGAAAGCCCUGCUAGUUGAUGACCCCAGUGAUUCUAGUGACCCUGUCGUCGAUGGAACUUCCGCAGGCAAGCCCAUUGUCGAGACCAUUGAGACCCCUGUCCCUGUGCGCCAGCCAGAGAUGGACCCUGCUGCUUUGACAGCCCGAAAGGACGCGGUGGAUGCCUACCUGCAAAAGUACUUAGCCGGAUACUCUGGACCUAGUGCCACCCCCGAGUCAUCUAGUUUGGAGGCCCUCGAGAAGGUGGUGCUGGUGACGGGCGCAUCUGGCAGUCUAGGCAGCCACCUGGUGUACCAUCUGGCCCAACUGCCCGACAUCAAGACGGUCAUCUGCCUGAACCGUGACAACCGCACCGAGCCCUACGCCCGCCAGCAAAAGGCCAUGCGCGACAAGGGCAUUCGCUUUCCCGAGGCGCUCAAGCCCAAGCUCGUCGUCCUCCAGGCGGAUACCUCACAGCCUCGAUUGGGUCUAUCCCCAGCUGCUUACGACACUCUAGUCACAUCCGUCACCCAUCUCAUCCACAACGGGUGGCCGAUGAGUGCCAAACGGCCCCUGUCCGGAUUCGAAUCCCAGUUUCAGGUCAUGCGCAACCUGAUCGAUCUCGCCGGGUCCAUCGUCAGCAAACGGCCAUCCAGCUUCAAGUUCAGCUUCCAAAUGGUCUCGUCGAUUGGGGUGGUCGGUCACUACGGCCUAGCCGACACAGCCCCACGAGCCGUAGUCCCAGAAGACCGGGUGGACAUCGAUGCCGUCCUCACAAAUGGCUACAGCGAGGCCAAAUGGGGUUGUGAGCGUAUGCUGGACGCAACGCUGCAUCAUCAUCCGGACCAAUUCCGGGUCAUGGCCGUGCGAUUAGGGCAAAUUGCGGGCUCCAAAACCAGCGGCUACUGGAACCCCAUGGAGCACUUUGGCUUCCUGGUCAAAUCGUCGCAGACCCUCAAUGCUCUCCCUGAUGUGGACGGCCAUCUCUACUGGACCCCGGUCAAUGAUAUCGCGGGGACGCUCUGCGAUUUGGUCCUAGCCGACCACAGUCCCUACCCGGUAUAUCACAUCGACAAUCCCGUGGGACAACCAUGGAGGGAAAUGAACCAGCUAUUGGCCCAUACACUCGGUAUUAAAGACUUGAUCCCCUUCGAACAGUGGGUGGAGCGGGUCCGGGCAGCACCGCAGAGAAACAACCCCGCGUCCAUGCUACUGGAAUUUCUCGAUAGCAAUUAUCUGCGCAUGUCGUGUGGUGGGUUGGUGUUGGAUGUGCAACGGACGUUGGAGCAUUCCAAGACGUUGGCGGCGGUUGGGCCUGUCAGUGAGGAGGUGGUCAGGAAGUAUGUGCAUAUUUGGAAAGAGAUUGGAUUUCUUCAUUGAGUGGGAAUAGAAAGGUCAAGAGGAAUUUGGG